UCGGCCUAAAAAAACUGCUUCCUCCGUUUCCGCCAUGGGGCUCAAAGUGCUUUCCGCCCUCGACACUGCCAAAACCCAAUUGUACCAUUUCAAGGCCAUCGUCAUCGCCGGGAUGGGCCUUUUCACCGACGCUUACGAUCUCUUCAGCAUCACUCCCAUUAUGACCAUCCUCGGACGUGUCUACUACCAGGACCAACACUACGAGACUCCGGCCACCGUCAAAUCCGCUAUGCUCGCGGUGGCCCUUCUGGGAACGGCGAUUGGUCAACUGGGGUUCGGGAUACUCGGAGACAGAGUGGGACGGCGGCGCGUGUACGGAUUGGCAUUGGCGCUGAUGGUGGUGAGCUCGAUCGGGUGUGGAUUCUCAAUCUGCACUACAAGGAGCUGUGUCCUUGUGAGCCUAGGGUUUUUCAGGUUCCUUCUGGGGCUGGGAAUUGGGGGAGAUUACCCAUUGUCGGCGACCAUAAUGUCGGAGUUCGCUAACAAGAAGACACGUGGAGCGUUCAUCGCGGCAGUGUUCUCGAUGCAGGGAUUUGGGAUCUUGGCCAGCGCAACAGUGACCAUGACCGUGUGCUCCAUAUUUGAUCGGGCCUCCAAUUACCCAACCAGUAAUCGUACGCCGAUGGGGGCGGAUAUUGCUUGGAGGUUGAUUCUCAUGCUGGGCGCUGUUCCGGCGGCGAUGACUUAUUACUGGCGAAUGAUGAUGCCGGAAACUGCCAGAUACACGGCUCUGGUAGAGCGGAAUGUGGCACAAGCGGCAAAGGACAUGGAGAAAGUGUUGGACGUUUCGUUGGUAGAUAUCACGGAAGACAGCCUAAUGUCGAUGUCCCCAUCCCUCCCAAAUUUCCCCUUCUUUUCCAACCAAUUUCUUCGCCGCCAUGGCCGUGACCUCCUUUCCUGUGCCGCCUCCUGGUUCCUCAUCGACAUCGUCUUCUACAGCAGCAACCUCUUCCAGUCCAAAAUCUACACCCAAUUCCUUCCUUCCAAUCAAAACUCCAUCAACGUCUACCGUCAAGCCUUCAACGAAGCCAAGCUACAAGCCAUCGUCGCCAUCUGUUCCACCAUUCCUGGCUACUGGAUCUCCGUCUUUUUCAUUGACCGUCUCGGCCGAGUCACUAUCCAAAUCAUCGGAUUUCUCUUCAUGGCCAUUGGCUAUCUCGUCAUCGCCAUCCCCUACAACUCAUUCUGGGAUUCCGAUAAACACAAAUACGGCUUCAUGCUAUUCUACUGCCUCACCUUCUUCUUCUCGAACUUCGGCCCCAACACCACCACUUUCAUUCUCCCCGCCGAGCUCUUUCCCGCCAGGUUCCGCUCCACCUGCCAUGGAAUCUCCGGCGCCGCCGGCAAAAUCGGGGCCAUCAUCGGAGCCGUGGGAUUCCUCUGGGCGUCGCAUGACCGGAAGGAGGAGGGAAUUGGGAUGAAGGCGUCACUGAUGUUGCUUGGUGGGGUGAGCCUUGCGGGAGUGGUGGUCACGUAUUUCUUCACCAGAGAGACGACGGGAAGGUCGCUGGAAGAGAAUGAGAAGGAAGAUGAAUACGCUGGGAUUUUGUUUCUCAGGCGCUUUCGCUUUCACUCUCACCACGCCACUGCUACCACUACUGCUCCACCGAUUCAUUAGACAAUACACACCUAAUUCCUUCUAUGUUAACUGCAAUAUAAUCUCUGCACUACUGCCACCCCAUACACCUAUGAAUUAUUGCCUUUAAUUUUUUUAGAAUAGGAAAAUUGUCAUAAAGUUAGAAGAAUCUGGAUGGAAUUGGAGGGAUUCAUUUAAUUAUUGCCUUUAAUUUCCUCUUACAUUAUUCCACCAUUUAUUUUUUUUUAAUAUAAAUUUAAUACUAAUCCUUUGUCAUCCUUCAUAAACAUUUU